AUGUGGCAACAGAUCAAAAUCGUGGAGACCAAGGGGAGAAGGGGCAAAGGGACCAAGACCAUCCAGUGGUAUGACAUCAGGCCGAACCCGUACGAGGUGACGCCGGCUCCCGCGCCGUAUGAGAUGAGCAGGCCGAACCCGGAGACGGUGACGGCGGCGAGGCCGAACCCGUACGAGUGGGCGCCGCCGGUCUCCGCGGCGGUCCAGAUGCAGCAGGUCCCCGCGGCGGCGGCGGUCCAGAUGAAGCAGAUCCAGGUCGCGGUGCCGCCCGGCGGCGCCAGCCAGCCGCUGGUCGAAUCGGCGACGUGCAAGUGGGCGCCGCCGGUCCCCGCGGCGGCGGCGGUCCAGAUGCGGCAGGUCCCUGCGGCGGUCCAGAUGGAGCAGAUCCAGGUCGCGGUGCCGCCCGGCGGCGCCAGCCAGCCGCUGGUCGAAUCGGCGACGUGCAUCUCCGUCGACGAGGUCUUUCCGUCGCUGCCCGCGAUGGUCGACAUCUUCGAGCGCGAUCUCGGCAUCGACGGCAAACUCAACGUGAAAGAGGCGGUCGACCGUGCGUGCGCAGAGCUCGGCGUCGACGCGACGCAGGGCGACCUGAUCCAGAAGGCGCAGCGGUGCUGGGAGCUGCUCGGCCGCCCCCCGGGCGGCGGCGCGGGCGCGGCGACGCGGACGUUGCGCUCCGGCGCGCAGCAGUCGGCCGUCGAGGGCCUCGACGGGCAGGCCGUAACUGACGACCCCUGCGGGGACGGCGACGUCUUGGAGAUCGCGCCGCGCGUCGCCCGCGCGCUCGAACCGUUCCAUCUGGCGAGGGGCAGCACGCUGCGGUGGGCGUUCCGCGUCGAGGCGUACGACCUCGGGUUCUCACUGCGACGGCGCGGAUUCAUGGGCGGCGGCGUCGAGACGGAUCUCGUCGAGGCGCAACGCUUCGGCGCCGUCGCCACCUUCACCGGCGAGUGGCGCGCCGACGCGGCGUGCCAGGUCCUCGCGGAGUUCGACAAUUCCUAUUCGGUGUUGCGGUCCAAGGUCGUCCGCUACCGAUUCCGGGUGGAGAAGCACCCCGCGUGGGCCCUGGAGAAGCCGAACGCGCCGCCGAGCGGCAUCGGCCGCGCCCCGCAUCUCGAGGCCCGCGGCGGCUUCGCGGCGCUGAGCGGACGCGGCGACGCGGCGACGCGGGCUCCUGGCGACGCGCCGCCCGACGAGUUCCGCGCGGGCGACCGCGUCGAGGCGCGGUACCGCGGCCGCGCCAAGCACUUCCCGGGCACCAUCGCGGAGGCCCGCGACGACGGGACCUACGACGUGCGCUACGACGACGGCGUGCUCGAGAAGCGCGUCACCGCGGACCUCAUGAUUCUCGUGGCCCGCGGCGGCGGCGGCUUCGCGGCGACGGACCAAAUUCUGGAGGCCCGCGGCGGCGGCUUCGCGGCGCUGAGCGGACGCGGCGACGCGGCGACGCGGACGUUCUACUCCAAAGCCAAGCAGACCGUCGUCGAGGACUUCGACGGCCAGACCUUCGCCGACGUCAUCGGGCGGGGCGGCGACGUCUUUGAGAUCCCGCCGCGCGUCGCCCGCGUGGCGGGGCGAUUCGAUCUGCCGAAGCACGGCACGCUGCGGUGGGAGUUCCGCGUCGAGGCGUACGACCUCGGGUUCCGGCUGCUCCGGCUGCAAAGCGGCGGCUUGGCGACGGACCUUGUCGACCCGCAGCGCUUCGACGGCGGCGCCACCGUCGCCGGCGAGUGGCGCGCCGACGCGGCGUGCCAGGUCGUCGCGGAGUUCGGCAAUACGCAUUGUGCUCUAUCCAAGACCGUCCGCUGCCGCUUCCGGAUGGAAGACUCGUAA